AUGAGUGAUAAUGACGUAAACAGUGACCGUUCGCCUACUUUGACUCCGCCUAGAAAAUUACCCAAAAAAGGUGCUUGGACAAGAAAAAAGGAAGGUAACGCAUUAUCGCAACAUCGUGUACAAAAUUUUAGACAGCAAUGGUUAAACGACCCGACUUUUAAAGACUGGCUUUUGCCAGACACCAAUGAUUUAACAAAAGCUAAAUGUGUAUAUUGCCCGGGAACAUCAAUGGUAGCUGAACUAUCCAAUUUAAAAACUCAUGCCUCUACCAAGAAACACCUAGGCAACAAACCCGGAAUCAGUGGAAAAACACAAACAUUAACAUCGCUUGGAUUCCAAAGAGGUAUAACUCCACAAAAUAGAGAAAAAGCUCGUGCAGAAAUUAAACUUUCUGCUUUUUUUGCGGAGCACAAUAUUGCAUUCUCGGUUGCUGACCAUUUGACAGAUUUAUUAAAAGAAGUUGUGACGGAUUCUAAAUUAAUCAAGGAAAUUGAACUUAAACGAACCAAAAUUACAGGUGUGAUAAAGAACGUUCUCGGAAAAGGUCAUAAGGCAGAUUUAGCCCAAAAACUACAAAAAAAUCAGUUUUCGGUGAUGACGGACGAGACGACCGAUGUUUCUACGGUCAAAACUGCUUGA